CAAAUUUGUAAAAUUGUAGUAGUAUAAAUAGAAGACGCAUGUUAACACCGACAAAACAACAGAAAUGCCGAUCUGUAGCUCUUCUUCAUCAUCUUCUUCCUCUAGCUCCGCAAAAUCAUGGAUCCUUCACGGCUUAGCCGUCGGAGCAGCAGCAGCAGCCGUAGCUCUCGGCGCUCACGCUUACCUUAGCCGAUCCGGCAAGUUUCGGAGCCGGGUCAUAGGUAUCAUACCCGCUCGUUUUGCUUCUACUCGGUUUCAAGGGAAACCGCUCGUUCAGAUUCUCGGCAAGCCUAUGAUCCAGAGAACAUGGGAAAGGGCAAAGCUUGCUGAGACAUUGGAUCAAGUUGUUGUGGCAACAGAUGAUGAAAAGAUAGCUGAGUGCUGUCGUGGUUUUGGCGCUGAAGUGAUAAUGACUUCUGAAUCAUGUAGAAACGGAACCGAGCGUUGUAAUGAAGCUCUUCAAAAGCUUGAUAAGAAGUAUGACAUUGUUGUUAAUAUACAAGGAGAUGAACCUCUUAUUGAACCUGAAAUAAUAGAUGGCAUCGUCAAAGCCCUACAGUCUGCACCAGAUGCGGUCUUUAGCACUGCUGUGACAUCUUUGAAACCUGAGGAUGCAUUUGAUCCAAAUCGUGUUAAAUGUGUGGUAGACAAUCGUGGUUAUGCAAUAUAUUUUUCACGAGGGCUCAUCCCUUAUAACAAGUUAGGCAAGGUUAAUCCUCAGUUUCCUUACUUGCUGCACCUCGGGAUCCAGAGUUAUGAUACGAAGUUCCUGAAAAUAUAUCCAGAGCUGACACCAACACCGUUGCAACUAGAAGAAGAUCUUGAGCAGCUAAAAGUCCUUGAAAAUGGAUACAAAAUGAAGGUGAUAAAAGUUGACCACGAAGCUCACGGUGUUGACAUCCCGGAAGAUGUCGAGAAGAUAGAGCAGUUCAUGCGUGAGAGGAACAUGGCUUAGAGCAAAGUGAGUUAUUUUGAUGAUUCACAUAUAACUCCUACAGCUAUAAAGGUGGUGUUCUUUGGUUUCAAUUUGCGCUUUGGUUAGCACGUCAAUUAUCACUGAGAGUUAACUUUUGUGAAGAAAAAGAAAAUUGGAACUGAACUCGCCGUGUAAAUCCUGCAAAUAGUUCAUAAUAUAGAGUUGUUUGAAGUGUGUGUUUCACUUACGUAUUCAUUUGUUGUAGGAUGGUUGUGUAUCACAUUUUCUUUCAUAUUUUACGAUUAAUUGAUUUGUAUUUAUUAAAACUAUGAUUUAGUGAUAACCAUAUCUGCGUAGACACGUGGCAUAUAUUUAUUGAGUUCGGUAUAAA